GUCUGAGAGAGAGCCUGCACCGCUCUCCACAAGUUUCUAGAGCGGAGUCGCUUAACUUGGGAAGGAGUGGACGUUUCCUCAGAUUAGACCGCCGCUAGUCAGUUUCGAAGAUUUUUAAACGUUAACGAGUUUAUGUUUACGCAGUUGAUUGUAAUAUCGCAUAAAACCUCGGACAGAUAUCAGCUGAGGCGUUGGGGGAAUGUAAAGUAAGUCGUUGUAACGUCUGGAGAUGCCUCGGGAGAGCUCGUCUCCUACCGGUUAUAGCGCAUAGAAACUGGAACUGGAAGAAAAAUGAAGUUUCCCGUGUCGUGAAGUAUCCGAAGAUGGACACAAAACACGACAUGAAGUGUAAAAUGGUUGUGGUGGGGGACAGCCAGUGCGGGAAAACGUGUCUGCUGAGUGUCUUCGCCAAGGACUCCUUCCCUGAGAGCUACGUUCCCACUGUGUUUGAGAACUACACAGCCAGCUUUGAGAUCGACUCGCUGAGAGUGGAGCUCAGUCUUUGGGACACGUCUGGAUCCCCUUAUUAUGACAACGUGCGCCCACUCUCUUACCCUGAUGCAGAUGCAGUUCUCAUCUGUUUUGACAUCAGCCGACCAGAAACCCUGGACAAUGUGCUUCGGAAGUGGAAAGGGGAGAUUGAGGAGUUCUGUCCCAACACCAAAAUGCUUCUGGUGGGUUGCAAGUCAGACUUGCGCACAGACCUGGCCACCUUUGUGCAGCUGUCCAAUGCGAUGCCACUGUCCUAUGAUCAGGGUUCAAACAUGGCCAAGCAAAUCUCAGCUCCCUACAUUGAGUGUUCUGCACUACAGUCAGAGAACAGCGUGAGGGACAUUUUUCAUGUGGCUACACUGGCUUGUGUUAACAAGAACAACAAGAACGUCAAACGCCACAAGUCCUCCAGAGCCACCAAGAGGACCUCCCACAUGCCCAGCAGACCUGAGUUGGACUCAAUGUCGUGUCUGCACAAGACCAAGGCCAAAACCUGCUCUGUCAUGUAAUGUGAAAAGACUCCGCUAAGAAAAGACUCAAGAGCUGUUACUUUCACAUGGAUUCAUUUUCCAUCAGGAUUUGUAAAAAAAAAAAAAAAAAAACAUCCAUUAUAAAAUUAAUGGAACAUGAACUGGGAGAUGUUUUUGCACUUUAUAAGAAUAUUCAUGGACUCCUCUCCAGCUGUAAGAUGGUUACACUAUAUACGGCUACUCUGAGGCGAUCCACUGCACUGAGGCUGGAACACGCGAGACGUGAAUUAAUGAUGAUAAAGCUUUCAUUGAUGUUCCACAGCCUUAUUUCCCUCUUUAAUAUAUGCAGCACAGGACUGAUGGAUUCAAACAUUAGGCUUCUCUGGCCAUCAAUCCGAAUUCAUGUAGAAACAGUCUCCGUAGUCUUAAUCCUUAGGAUUCAAACACACAAAAUGACAAGACAUGAUGGGAGCCUAGGCACUGUGUUAAGAGUGUCCUUGUGGAUUAUGUCUUGAGAACGUCACCCAGUGUAUGGACGUAACUAACACACCUUCAAAAGUGUACCACUAAUGUCUGAAUGGUCUGUAACACUAACCUCAAAUAUGUGACCAAAGCAAAGCUUGAUGAACUUUGGUUUGUCCUCUCAGAUCUGACUGCAACCAAAAACCAAACCGACCACAAACAGAUUUUUGGUGCCAAGUUUUGUAAAUGAAACACGAAGCAAUAAAUGAAGUGUAACAUCGUUCCAUGCGCA